GAAUUUGCCAAAAAAAAAUGACAGAGACGGGAUGCCCUGAUGGACGCCCCCUUUGCGGCCAGCCUAAUAGGAUCACCUCUUACAGUGUAGCUUCCCAGCCUUAGUCCUUAAUCACCAUAGUCACUUAUUUGUUGGGCCAAUCAUAUAGAGCCAAACCAGCCUUGCCACAUCGAGGCUUUACUUCUCUAGAGUAUGCAGCCGGAGUCCGUCGGAGUAGUACAAAAACGAGGGCGGAAGACAUCCACCGUCAAUGCAUUCUCCUUCUAUCCUCUUCGUGUCUGGCCUCGCUCCUUUUUAUCUUUACAAUAAGAUCAACAAACAACUCAAUUAUUCACAAAGACUAUCAAAAUGGAGAAGGAGGUUGCUGUAACGUCUAUGCCUACCAACCCGGCAACCACCUUCCCCCGCUCUCCUACUGUUGGUGACUACGCUUAUCAAACCUCCAUUCCAGCUCAAUCAGGAGUUUUACCUCAGCAACCAUCGUUUCCCGUACAAUAUGCAGGAACCGUACCUCAGCUACAAGAAACCUUUCCAGGGCACUAUGUGACAUAUCCAAGGCAGCAAGGAGUUAUCACACCAGGCAUGAACGCCGCCCAGGUGGCCCAGACGCUCCACGCAAACUCACAAUACAAGACCGUAGCUCCGAUUGCGGCUCUCGGUCGAUCUCCCGCCCCCGUGGACUGCCCUGGCUGUGGGCAGCGGGCCUUGACCGCAACCAGCUUUGCAAUUGGCAACACCACCCACGGCUGGGCUGCUGCUAUUUGCUGUCUGUUCUGCUUAGGCUGUAUUCCAUAUCUCAUGAACGACGCCAAGGAUGUCGAGCAUAAAUGCGGACAGUGCGGCAUCAUACUCGCUACUUGGCACCGCAGCGGAACCACUGAGAUUCGUUACCAAGGGUAGCUUGUCUAAAUGCUUGGUAACAUACGCUGAGGAAGAUGUACUAUAGGAGGGAUGGCAUCAUAAUAAGAGUGACCGGAGUUUGAGGUGAUGGGAUCACGAGUGUUUUGUAUCUACAUCGGAUGUCUAUUUCAAUCAGAGAUGAAGUACGUAACUAGAUGCCUUUAACUAUAUUGAUAUUUCCCAACGUCGCGAUAUCUUCACUAAUCUAUACCUUCAAUUCGCACAGAACUUGAGAGCUAUUUUUUGAAGUCUUCUCGUAGCUAUUAUAGCAUGAGCUUACUCUUGCACGAAUAAACC